AUGGCAGGCGGCAAGCAAAACAAGCUAUCUCGGGAGGAGGAACUUUUGCUUCAGGAUUUCAGCAGAAAUGUCUCCACAAAGUCCUCCGCACUGUUUUAUGGAAACGCUUUUAUAGUUUCAGCAAUCCCCGUAUGGUUGUUUUGGCGUAUUCAUCAGAUGGACCUCUACCAGUCAGCCAUCAUUUUUGCCAUUGGCACAAUCAUCAGCACCUACUUGGUAGCAAUGGCAUACCGUAACCUCAAGUUCAUUCUCAAGCACAAGAUUGCUGUGAAGAGAGAAGAUGCUGUUGCCAAAGAGACACUGAAGAAAUUUGCUGAUGAUAAACGAAUGACAAAGAAGGAAAAAGAUGAGAGGGUCCUUUGGAAGAAAAACGAGAUUGCAGAUUAUGAGGCAACCACAUUCUCCAUAUUCUACAACAAUGCCCUUUACCUGGCCUUGUUGAUUGUGUCUUCUUUCUUUGUCCUCAAGAACUUCAACCCAGUCGUAAACUAUUCCCUGGCAGUGGGGUCAGCAGCCGGGUUGCUGGCGUUGUUUUCUACCAGCAGCAAGAUAUAA